ACUCAUUCAACCUUCUUAUUUACUUAGCUCCUCUCCUCCCUCUCUCUCUGUCUCUCUCUCUGUCUGUCUCUUUCUCUUCCUCUCUCUCAGGUGCAGCCAGCUCGCUUCUCGGCUCCACCAGCUGUGCUCGUUGUUUUCCCUUUGAGGCCCUUUUUAGACCCUUCCUAAAGGAGAGAAAAUGAACGGAAGCCUGGAGAACGGUUCGUGCUAUGAUGAAGAUUGCAUCGACGGAGAUGGAGACUUCAUGUUCACGUCCGAGUCGGUGGGAGAGGGGCAUCCAGAUAAGAUUUGUGAUCAGAUCAGUGAUGCGGUGCUGGACGCUCACCUGAGGCAGGAUCCAGAUGCUAAAGUGGCCUGCGAGACAGUGUGUAAGACAGGCAUGGUCCUGCUUUGUGGAGAGAUCACGUCUCGUGCUAAUGUGGACUACCAGAAGAUUGUAAGGGACACCAUUCGACACAUUGGAUAUGACGACUCAAACAAAGGGUUUGACUAUAAGACGUGUAAUGUUCUGGUGGCCCUGGAGCAGCAGUCUCCUGACAUCGCACAGGGUGUUCAUGUAGACAGACUAGAGACGGAAAUUGGAGCAGGGGACCAGGGCUUGAUGUUCGGCUACGCUACAGAUGAGACAGAGGAGUGUAUGCCUCUCACCAUCGUACUGGCACACAAACUCAACGCCAAGAUGGCCGAACUCAGACGUAACGGCACUGUUCCCUGGCUCCGGCCCGACUCAAAGACACAGGUUACAGUGCACUACUCACAGGACAACGGAGCGGUAAUUCCUCGUAGAGUUCACACCAUCGUGAUCUCAGUCCAGCACGAUGAUUACGUGUCUCUGGAAGAGCAGAGGGAGGUUCUGAAGGAGAAGGUCAUCAAGGCCGUUGUCCCAGCCAAAUAUCUGGACGAGAAGACCGUCUACCACCUUCAGCCAAGCGGCCGUUUCGUCAUCGGGGGCCCUCAGGGCGAUGCGGGAGUGACGGGCCGUAAGAUCAUCGUGGACACAUAUGGAGGCUGGGGGGCUCAUGGAGGUGGGGCGUUCUCUGGAAAAGAUUAUACCAAGGUUGACCGUUCAGCUGCCUACGCUGCCCGCUGGGUGGCCAAAUCCCUGGUGAAGGCCAAGCUGUGCCGCAGAGUGCUGGUACAGGUGUCGUACGCCAUCGGAGUAGCGCAGCCUCUCUCCAUCUCACUCUUCACUUAUGGCUCCUCCCGAAAAAACGAGAAGGAGCUUUUACAGAUCGUCAGAAAGAACUUUGACCUGCGGCCUGGGGUCAUUGUCAGAGACCUGGAUUUGAAAAGGCCAAUCUAUCAGAAAACAGCAUGUUACGGACACUUCGGCAGGAAAGAAUUCCCCUGGGAAGAGGCCAAGGACCUGAACUUCUAACUCUGUUGAACUUUUGUGUGUGUGUGUUAUUUUGUUCACCUUGUGUGUAAAUGUGUUGUGUGUGUACCAUGUAUUUCUACUGAAUGUUCUCAGCAGUGCACGUGCAGGUGCGUGUCUGUGUCUCUCUUGCAUGUGUGAUUUAAGACAGUGACAUGGGCAGCUGUUGCCACACAUGCGCAAAUGUAAUGUGAUGGUGAUCCAAAAGAGGCAGCUGUGUGUGUGUGUGUGUGUGUGUGUGUGUGUGUGUGUGUGUGUGUGUGUGUGUGUAUCACGCUGUGAAAAAUAAACCCCAGAAAUCCUGGUCAUGA